AUGCUUCUUCAGAAUAUUCUGCUGCUGCUGAGUGCAACCCUGGCUGCGGCCUGGAAACCACAGCCCUCUGCAUGGUGGAAGGAGGGCGUGGUCUACCAGGUCUAUCCAGCCAGUUUCAAGGAGAGUCGCACCGAAAAUGCGAUCGGAUGGGGCGACAUCAAAGGAAUUACCGACAAUCUCGACCACAUCCAGUCGCUCGGGGCGGACAUUAUAUGGCUUUCACCGUUCUACGAGAGCCCGAUGAAGGACAUGGGCUACGAUAUUAGCGACUAUGACUCGGUGGCCAAGCUGUUCGGCGGGAGCCUCGAGGAUAUCAAGACAUUCAUCGCACAAGUGCACAAACGUGGCAUGCGCUGCAUUUUCGAUCUCGUCAUCAACCACACCAGCGACAAGCACAAGUGGUUCAAGGAGUCCGCCAGCUCGAAGACAAACCCCAAGCGCGACUGGUACUUCUGGAGACAGCCUCAGUAUAAGAACGGGACUAUGUACCCUCCCAACAACUGGAAGGGUAACAACAACGGCAGCUCAUGGACAUACGAUAACCACACCGGAGAGUACUAUCUCAACAUAUUCGACUACUACCAGCCUGACUUGAACUGGGACAACCCGAAGACUAGACAAGCUAUCUUCAGAGACGCCAUGCAGUACUGGCUAGACAUGGGCAUCGACGGCUUCCGCAUGGAUGUCUUCGCUCGCUACAGCAAGCCGGCCGGAUUGCCUGACGUGCCUGCAAAUGACAAUGAAUUCCACGAUGCCAUGGACCUCUGGACCAACGGACCCCAUGAGCACGAAUACCUCCGACAGAUGAACCGUGAAGUCCUCUCUCGCUAUGACACCUUCACCGUCGGCGAGUACGGCAUAGAAACCAACAUGAGCAUCGUCCAAGACUACGUCGGUGCAUCUCGCAACGAAGUAAACACCGUCUUCCUCAUGAACAUGUGCGACAUCGGCCGCAGCGGAUUCGAGUUCAUCGGAUGGAACCUCACAGGUUGGCGAGACGCAAUCGACUUUACACAGCGCGUAGGUAGUCCCACGACAGGAGACGGCUGGAACUCGGUAUAUCUCGAGAACCACGACACCCCGCGCUCAAUUACGCGCUUCGCAGACGACACGCCCGAAUACCGCGUCCAGAGCGGCAAGGCGCUCUCCGUACUCCUGUCGACUCUGUCUGGCACUCUAUUCCUCUACCAGGGCCAGGAAAUCGGCAUGAUCAACGUGCCCGACACAUGGAAGCUGUCGGACUUCCGAGACCGCGUCGGGAUAGACAAUUACAACAACCUUACGGAGCAUGGCGUGAGUCCCAGCGAGGCUCUGGCAACCCUUCAGCUGCUGGGCCGUGACAACGACCGUACCCCUUUCAACUGGGAUUCCAGUGGACGCGGAUUCUCCACCAGCAACACUACCUGGAUUCCCCGAGCGAACCUCGAAAUCAACCUUGCAGACCAGAAGGACCACCCGAACAGCGUGUAUAGCUUCUGGGUGAAUAUGCUGCGUCUGCGCAAGGAGCAAAAGAGCUCGUUGGUGUACGGAGAAUUCGAGUUCCUCGAGUGGGAGGACGAGAACUUCCUCGUAUACCAAAAGACAGCCAAUUCCGAAGAGGUGGUCGUGUUUAUUAACCUGUCCACUGAAGCGGGCAAGCCACCAGUGGCCAUCCCAGAUAACUCCGAGCUGCUUGUGUAUACUCACGAUGACCCUUCGGGGGCUGAGUUUCAGCCGUUUGAGGCCAGGGUCUAUAAGCAGGCAGGUUCUAGCCCCACACCACGAGCAAACCCUUAG